AUGACUGUCCCUCCUCUAAAGGAGAAUGUGGUGACAUCUAUCUCUGUUAUUGAUAAUUCUCCUGAUGCGUGCCCUGCCCCCAUCUCCCUAAACAAAUUUGGUUGUCUAGAUCUUGAAGGAGGUCAACUUGUGGUGGAUCUCUCCCCUAAAGUUGUUGAAAAGCCGGAGGGGUCCUAUGAGAUACCCAAAUCCCCUAGAAAGCUAAUUGGGAAAACAAAGAAGAAGAAAAUUAAGAACAAAAAAACUAAGGAUGGAAUUAUGGAGAUCCCUCUUUGCCCCUCUGUCUCUAAAUCUCCAUGUUGA